AUGACAAUUUCGUUUAACGACGACGAUCGGAUAAGUCGGUUGCCCGACGACAUUCUUGUAGAUAUACUGUCUUUAUUACGGCCCGAUAAAGCAGCUCGCACAAGUGUCCUUUCGUCCCGUUGGAUAAACUUGUGGAAACACACCCCAUCUCUCCAUUUCAACGGAUCGCUCAAAUUCGAGCAACGAAAGUGCGUGAAAAUGGUGAACUCCGUGAUCCAAUCGCACAAAUCUCCCACCUUAAAAAAAUUCAGGAUCACUUUCCCUCUAGACAGACCAGACAGCACUAACUUAUUAACCCGUUGGCUCGAAUUCGCGUUUUUCCGACAAGUUGAGAUCUUGGAGUUCGACUUUCAUAUUUAUCAUGAUUGCUUACCGCAGCGCCAUUUCCCUGAAGUGUAUAAUAUUGCCCCAAGAAGCAGUACGCUUUCCGAAUUUAAGUCCCUGAAAUCAUUGUCUUUUAAAGGUGUCAACGUGAGUGGUCGAGCUAUCGAGUUCUUAUUACGUAACUGCCCUCGACUCGAACAACUGAUUGUCAGUCACUCCCAGGAUAAAACAUCGAAAAUCGAGGUUUGCGGUUCUUCCCUCGUGUUAAAACACUUGAAGAUAGCCUAUUGCUCGGCUUUGGAAUCACUUAAAAUUUCCGCGCCCAGCCUUACUUCGCUUGGGCUUACGAGCCUAGAGGGAGUUUUGCUCGAGAAUGUUCCAAUGCUAGUUGAUGUAUCUGUCAACUGUGACUAUUACAGCCCUAUUUCUAUAAAAAAAUUAUUUUCCGUAACGUCUCGCUGCAUUUCUCAACUGGAGACUCUUAAAUUGGGGAUGCUGUGGUUUCCCACCAGAAAAGGAAACGACGAACUUGGCACUUUUCCCCAAAUGCCUAAAUUGAAGAAGUUGUUCAUCGAAUAUGGUCCGUUUGAUGAAGCAACGGUUACUACACUCGCUUACUUUACAAGCGCAUCUCCUUACUUGCAGGAAUUUGUUUUGGAGAAUAAAUACAAAAACGCUAAGCCGGAGAAUAUACGAAUGGAUGACGUGGCGGCUAGUGGAAGGUUUCGGCACGAGCACAUUAAAGUGUUCAAAUUUCGUGGGUAUCAUGGUCGACCAAUUGACGAUGCAAUCGUGGCUUGCGUUUUGGAGAAUUUCGUUGUGCUCGAGAAAAUAAUAAUUGAUCCGUCCGGUGUAAGUUCCUUGGAUAUAUUUAGUCGCUUAGAAACGGAGAAAACUGCGAGAGAAUCGGCAAAGCAACAUCUUCAGCCGCAGUUGCCUCACCGUGUUGAAUUGGUUAUUCUCUAA